AUGCUUUAUUCCCCUUUGCUCCGUUUUGGCUUUGCCAUAGGAGCUCUUGCUGGCCAUAGCCGCGCGGCACCUGCUCAUACCAACGAUGACCUGACUGAUACGCCUCUACCCAUCGUCGUCUGGCACGGCUUGGGUGACCAGUUUAACAGCGACGGCAUGAAGAGCAUCGAAGAGCUCGCUGAAGCUAUUAAUCCAGGCACUUUUGUUCAUAUUAUUUCUCUCAACGGAGAUCCCAACCAGGAUCGCUCUGCGACUUUCACUGGCAACGUUACGGACCAAAUCAGCAAGGUCUGUGAGGAGCUUGCUAAGCACCCGAUUCUUUCAACAGCACCUGCUAUCGACGCCAUCGGUAUUUCGCAGGGCGGUCAGUUCCUGCGCGGUUACGUUGAACGGUGCAACUGGCCCCAAGUUCGCAGUCUUGUUACCUUUGGUAGCCAACACAACGGCAUCGUCAAGUUCAAGGCCUGUGGUCAGACCGACUGGCUCUGCAAGGGCGCUAUGGCUCUUCUUCGAUUUAACGUAUGGAGCAACUUUGUGCAAUCGCGUCUUGUUCCAGCCCAGUACUACCGCGAUCCCAGUACCCAGGGCGACUACGAUAACUACCUCGAGAACUCCAACUUCCUCGCUGACAUCAACAACGAGCGCGAGCUCAAGAACAACAAGUACAAGGCAAACCUUGGCAGCUUGACCAACUUUGUCAUGUGGAUGUUUGAGGAUGAUACACUAGUCGUCCCCAAGGAGACUUCGUGGUUUGAGGAGGUCAACGGUACAGAGAGUAUCCCCCUCCGAGCUCGCCCGCUCUACCAGGAGGAUUGGCUUGGUCUUCGCGGUUUGGAUCGCAAUGGUGGUCUUCACUUCAAGACUGCCCCUGGCGAUCAUCUUCAGAACAUGGAGGAGUUGCUCAACCAGACUAUCACUGAUUACUUUGGCCCAUGGAAGCGAAGCUUCGAUAAGAACCAAGAGGUUGAGGAUGACAUCUGGGAGAUGGAGGAUCUGUAG